GAAACAUUAAAAAGGAUGCUACAUUCAGAAAUAGGUCUAUUGUUCUUUGAAGUCCUUAAAAAAUGAUUGUCAGCGGAAAAUCGGAACGUGUUGUCAUAGUAAUCAAAUCCUACGAGCUAAUUCAAAAUGAAGGACGGAAGCACCGUUGUAUUCAAAAGUCGAUAUACUGUGAUUAAAAAGCUCGGAAAAGGAGCGAGUGGGAAAACUUACUUGGUGGAGGACUUCCACGAAUCUCAAAAUUGCACGUAAUUAAUAGUGUUUUUGAAUGGACCGUGAUCAGGAAGGUUUUGAAAGCUCUGAAGUGCAUAAAACUUGAUGACAAUUCAGAAGCUGUUCAAAAAGAUUAUGAAAAAGAAGCUCAUCUUCUAUCGAGUCUAAAACACCCUUAUAUACUCUGUAUUCAUGAAAGCUUUGUUGAUAAAAAUAGGUUCUGCAUUGUGUCAGAAUAUUGUGAAGGGGGUGAUCUAACCAAUUACUUAAAACAAGUGAAGAGUAAAGGAGAACGUAUCAGUGAAAAAAUUAUUGGAAAAUGGCUUGUACAAAUUAUAUUGGCCACAGUUUAUAUGCAUAAAAAUAAAAUACUUCACCGUGACUUAAAAACAAGGUUGUUUUCUGAUUUUUUUUCAAUAUAUUUAGUUUUUAAUUAUAAUUUGGGAGUUGGAUUUUUUAAAUUGUAAUUUAAGUCAAAAAACUAACAACGUCAUUUUGUCCUUUACGGAAAUUUUGAAGGGAAUUACAUUUAAAAAUUAUAUGAUUAUAUCCAUCCAUUUCUUAAUAUUCAGUAAAUAUGCAAUCGUAAACGUCGUUCGGAAUUUUCCUAUGCAUUUAGUGAGUGAAUGCCUUAUAUAAGAGACCAUUGUUUCACAGCCUAAUUUUCAUUAUAUUUGGUAUCUUCCAUCCGACAUGUUGGGAUGCGCUGCACUGAAGUGACCGUAGCAUACAGAUGUGGAUAAUUUUAGACACUUCAAGUGAAAUCCCAAGUGGAAAUUACACUCUUAAAUGCAGCAUUUUUCCAUUCAGUGAAGGGAAAAAUGCCUAAAACACUAGAUACAGCAUGCUCAACAAAUAUUGGAAAGCAGAUGGAUAAACCCAAUAUAGAAGUUCGAUUUAAAGAAGGAUGAUCUUGAAAGAAGAGACGAUAAUACCUAAUUUUAAUAAGUAAUAUAUUUCACAUAUUACAGAUUUGGACCUAGUGAGCAGAAAAUAACAAGAUGGCUAUUAAGUAUGUAGGUGCCAGGUUCAAAACGCACAUUCUGGAUUCCACAGCCACAUAAAAUCUCUCUCUUAAAAAAUCUUGUGGGAAAAAUAAUUAUAUCAAGGCAAUGUACACAGGAUGUACAUAUGCCAACUAAAAUUGAUCGAUAUUCAAUUAGCAAUAUCAACAACGUGAUAAGCUAAACUCUUUCAAAAAUUACUUGAAAGUAGCUUUCACGAAGUGAAGUUUGCUAAAGAAUCAUCGAGAACCCGAAUACACUGGAUCUAACUAAGAAAAUGUGUUCAACCGGCAUAUUUUUUUCAGUACCACCGUAAUUUAUUUUGUUUCCUAUGAGUUAGUCCUAAAUUGUACACAAAAUACAUAAGACUAGCAAACAGUUUUUAAUGUAAAUAUAAAUAAUUGAGGUUUCCAAUCAAUUUAUAACAGCUUGUCGUUUGCAGGCAGUUCCGAAUCUUUACUAAAAUAUUUGAACUCGGAAAGAUGUGAAUAAAUAAUUAAAUUUAAAUAAACAAACCAAAAAUUCUCAAUAAUACUGCAACUGCUUAUAAAAUUAAUGAAGCUUACCUUAAGUAUUUAUCAAAAGCUAGGUCUUAUUUAGGUUGUUAUUAGAAAUGCUUCCCAUGUAGAAUGUUUAUUGCAGCAUUGAUCAUGUUUAUUGAAUUAGUUGAGGAGUUGAAUUUUUAAGAAGUGAUUUGAAUUUUCGGAAACGUUUUAGGUAAAACUUAUGUUUUAAAAUGGUUUUAGUAAUAUAUUUUUAAAGAAUGGGAAUAUUAAAGUUGGUGAUUUCGGUAUUUCGCGUUCACUGGCCACAACUGAAGAACUGGCAACUACGUUUAUUGGGACUCCUUAUUAUAUGAGUCCGGAAGUUUUGAAGUACGAAGGAUAUAAUAAUAAAUCAGAUAUUUGGUAAGUUGAACGUCUUAUAGUAAAUGAUUUGUUAGGUGGCUGGUAGAAAAUCUUGAACCUAGGUUUCAUGUUCACUGAAAUUUAACAGGGAAACGUUUUGGUGGCCAUUUAUCUGACUCCAGUAUGAUGACGUCCAUGUCACCAAUUCUCGUAUACAAUUAUCGAGUUAAUUCGCGUUAAUGAAUAACGGGAUUAAAUAAGUUAAACACAAGAAUGGAUUUUGAAUACGUAUGUUUCAUGCAACCGCUGAUCUGAGCAAACAAUCAGGGAAACGAAGCAAAACGGAUUGGAAAAGGCAUAUUAUCCGAAUCGAUUUAACCAAGCGUGAAAAUAUAUUUAUAGUCAGACAAAAAUAAGUAACAGAAACGUGAUGAGUAAUAUAAGAAAUGCACACACAUACGCUUAUAUAGAAAUAUUCAAGAUUGAUAAGCAAAUAAUUAAAAAGGUCAAAACGUGACUCAAGAAGAAUGGAUAAAUUGACCUGUCCGGAAGCCAAAGUAAGCUAUGUCGGCUUGAUGUAGCGACCGACAGUAAAACGUAUCUGCAGUCUUGUAGGAACUGCCGCUACCCAGCCGAUCAAUCCAGCGUUAUCAUCAUUCAUAGAUCUAGAUGGUGACCACUAAGCUAUUGGAGCUGGAAUUAGCCUCCCAUAGAAAUGUGAUAUUAACUAAUAACUGACCGAUCAAUGGUGACCAAUAUCAUGUUUGUCUAGUUCAUUUAGAGACGCUCAUAUAACAAAGAUGGAGUUGAAAUGUUUUCACAAAUCAGAAUGACUUGAUAUGGCGUGAACUAUGUUGAAAUGUUGAUUGGUAAUAAAAUGGCAUGCAAAAACUUAUAUGGUGCUCGAAGAGUUGAAUUUAUUAGAUGUCCAGAGAGCUCCAAACACCAUUGCAUCCUAAUCGGUCAAAAAAUCUGUGAGUUCCAAUCGUCUCCAUUUCGUCGUAUUUUAUUCUUACAUACAGGCUAUUUUGUCAAACAAAAACAAACUAUUUCGUCAAUCAGCUAUAUUUUUGUUUCUAGUUAGUUUGGGAGAGGAGCUUAAACCACCAACUAGAUUUUCACGAGCUGUGGUCACUUAGUCACUUCAUGUUAUUUCAGUCGAUCGACUGUGACAGCACGAGAUUUCUUAUCCCAGACCAUGACAAAACAACAGUUCAAGGCUCUCAGGUAUCGACCGAUUGUCUAACCGAAGCCAGUCCAUUAUGUGAGGCUAAUAAUUCGACAGAUUCCACAACUCACUAUGUCGACAUACUUUCAGUUUCUAUGCUUUCACUGUUGCUUCAAUGAAGGUUAAUUUUCAAUUGGGAAAAAGCAGAUAGAAAAUUCAUUAGAAAUCAACAACUACGUAACUCGAAUUGGAAUUUCAUGUAGCCUUCUGAUUUUAUUAAACAGAUAACACCUUUUACAUAACGCAAACUAUCCGCAAACAUGUGGUUUAGUAUUUCUUAUCUCUAUCUCUCUCCCUCCGUCAUUUAUUUCUCCGAGUUAUUUCCAUGUCUAUGACAAGCAUAAUCACAUUUUGGUGAUUACAUAUCGAUUUGUCUCUCACUGAAUUUGAUUAGCACCAAUAAUCUGUUCACGAUCUGUUACAGUGGAUGCAUAGUUCAAUAAAAUGUGUCAAAUUCAUGAAAGUAGAUCAGUAAAUGAAUAGAUAAACAAAGGGAACUGAAUAGAUUUUCUGGAGGUAAACAGAAUGGCUCAACUAUUGAUUAGGAUACAGAGAAUUAGUUCACACUUCGAAAACGUAAUAAUUUCAAGUGGCUGAUCCAUACAUUUGUUUCUUAAACAGAUUUACAAAAUUGAACAUUGAGAUCAGGUGUUACUGUGUGACUGGUCUGAAGUCGAUUUCUAUUGUGGCAAUUAACUUUCUAGCUUGCAUUGUUCAUACUCGAGUUCAAGUGUUUUAGCAAUGAGACGUCGGUGAACUCAAAUGUUAAAGAAGACUCCCCAAGAACGACCAUCUGCUUCAGAACUUCUUCAAUCAAAUGCGGUUCACUCGUACUUACGUGAUUUAUACAAAGAAAUCAUAAUUCACAUGCAAAACGAAUUAUCUGGUGAAAAUCGGAAGGAUGGGAGCGAAUUUAAUCUACUUAUGUCGUUUGAAGAAUUUAUUAGUUUACCUGAUUCAGUUUUGCACAAACAACAGUCAACUGAAAACGCUGAGAAGUUUUCAAUACAAUUAAAUGAAGAGAUUGAAGAGAAUGUAGAACAUUCAGAAGAUCAGUACUUAACGCCACGUCAAAAAAUCAAAUUAAAUAAAGCAACUGAAUCAGAUAGAACUACUGCAGUCUUAAGAGAUUUAGCAGAACAGCUUACACAGACUCGGAAUAGUUUAAAUUCUACAAUGGAAACACAACUGUUCACCUGGCAGAAAGGAUAUCCAUCAUUGAAUCAUAUAUGGCCUACAAUUCAAAUACCUACAGAGAAACUGCUAAAUGAAUUAAAAAACCUUUAUUUAGAAAAAAUAAACAAUGAAACAAGCUUGAUUGAUGAACUAGAUGAUGAUUUGGAAAAUGAAGGUGAUUUAUUUUGGUCAAAGAAAUCAGAUUUAAACGACAAUAAAAAAUUGCCAGGUAAAGGUCCAGGUGCUGAAGAUGAAAGUCUUGGAACAUUUAAUUUUUUAAAUUCUACAAAACAUGGAAAUGAAGAAAUCGAAGAUUUAACCAACAAUAUGAGUUUUACUGAAAUAAAAAAUUUUUAUCCUUCACCUAGAUUAACUAGUCCAAUUUAUGAUUAUGUUACAAUGGAUGAAUUUAAAAAACAAGUUGAUAUUGAUAAUAACCCUAAUAUUAUUAAAAAGGGUAAUAAUAAUAAUCAAGAAGCUUUGUUUAUACGUCGACAAUUUACGUUUCCAGCAAUGUUAAAUCAAAAUUAUGCACAAUCAGCAAGACAACUGAGUGAUAUUAAUAGUUCCAAAUUGAAAUGUAAUAGUGUAUUUACUGACGAUACCCAACUAAUGGAAACUUAUUACACAAAUUAUGAUAAUGAACUGUUAAAUUAUACAAACAAUUUCAAUAAGGAGGAUUUAAAAGAAUUAAUAGAAAAUGAAAAUAUUCUUCAAAAUGAUCUAGAAGAUAUAGAAAAUCAAGAUAAUGUAGAUUCAACUGAAACAUUAAACGAUGUACUUGUUUGCAUGAAAGCAGCUUUGUGUCACCCUGAAGACAGUAAUACAAUAGUCUUGGAUGAUGAAGCUAAGACCAUAUUUAGUCCAGAGGCUAAAGCCAAAAGAAUUGAUGCUUUAAAAAAAUACUGCAUCGACAAACUUGGAGAAAAAGAAUUUCACAAUGCAUAUCACUAUCUUUAUCAAAAACGUAUUUUGGAAAAAAAUCAAUCUGGUGAACUAACAAUACUAAACGGCUUAAAAUCUUAUUGUUCCGAUGUAACUACCGGGUUUCUACUUGAUCAUUUAUUAUUUCUUGAAAAUGAUGCAGUAAAACAAACAAUAAAUAUUCAAUUAUCUGAAUCUGUGCAUCAAAUCUUAAACGAUGAUUUGUCAUUUUAUGCGUAAACUAAAUUACGUAAACAUAACUAAUUCAUGGCUGUGAAUUUUAUUUGGAUCUCUGGUUUUUUUAAACGUAGACUGUAAUUCCCAUUAUUUGGAAAGUUUUCCGUUCUAUUCCUAAGAAUAACAGUUACUAUUGUUGUUUACUUUUUCAUAACCUAUUUUAUUUUAUGCUCAACAACUACUUGUCUUAUAGAUUUUAUACCCUGAAAACAUUUCUUAUUUUGUAGUUUCUAUCCUAAUUUGAAAUAAUUCCAUCCAUGAAUAAAUAUACGGUUUUAGAAAUUACCAUUUAAUAAUCUGUCAUUUUUUAUUGUUACGCUUGAUUAUUAAACAAAUGGUGUUUUUGAAAAUAGAUUUCCAUUUUUCAG